GCGAAAGUAAAAGCAAGAGCUGUUUUAGAGUGGAGGCGCGAACAACCGUUUUGUGACUUGUGGAAAGCAGUGUGGUCUAAAGAAGCCAGGCCUACACUAGGCCUAAAAACGCAAUUUUCAACUUUUCAGUGUUUACGGUAAUUCAACGAUUUACCCAAUGGCUUCGCCUCAUUCAUAUUCAGUAAGGCUUUGUGAACUCUGACCUGCACCUCUAGCCAAUCAUCUAAUUCCCCGUAGAGGGGUCUGAAUAUUGAAAAAGCUUCGCUACAAGAAGCUCGUGUUGUUUGUAAUGGUUAUUGUGAAUCAACUUUGCCGCCAUGACAGGGGCCGCAACGUACGUUUACUGAAAUGAUGAAUUUGUGCUGUUUUUCUGUUGCUCUGAUUUUUCCGACUUGAUGGAUUGAAUUAAUUGUUUAUUGUUAAGUGAUUUGUGUCAGAAAUAUUGCAGCUGUGGUUCGCCAUGACUUUGGAAAUCGCGAGAGUCUCAACAUCCUUCUAAUCAUAAUGCGGUUUGCAAGGACGUGGCCUGAUCACGUGGUUCUACUGUUAUGUUAUGAGGCAAGCGUAGCAGUGCUUUGUAGGGCUGGGCCAAGUUGAAGUGAAAACCACCGUCUUGCCCAAUGCUACUUGUUGUCAGCCUCGGGGACAAUUCGCAUUUGUUUUUUGGAAUCUCACCGAUGAUACUAUCUGGGACAUUCGUAUGUGUGCUUGAAGAAGACCAGGUUGCAACAGCAGGUUUUUGUUUUGACAAGUGAAGAAUAACCUCUCCUUUUUCCUGUUAUUUGCGAAAAAGUCACGUGCUUUUCAUAGUCUGUGCUUGUCCCACUUUCACAUCAAAAUGACAGCGUGCUUCAGUUCAUUGUCAUAGCGGAAAUUGUAUGGAUAUAAAUCGUGCAAGCUGUGUUCACUCGUAGAUCUAUGUUGCAAAACAUAAGAUCAGAUAUCCUUUUUUAAACCUUCUGUUUUGGAUGCGUUUAUAUGUCGGGUUCAUCAACUCUGAGGAUAUGUUUGGCCGCAAUGGCACCGGCGCUGACUGAAGCGGCAUCAGCGCGACUAAAACUUCAAGACACUUCAGUUAGGAACGAGCCGCCUACAAGGAACACGGACAUAACUGAACACUCCGUGGCUUCUCGUCUAUUGCCCUCAGGGAAAGAACGAUCAGCUAGGACCAAGGGGGAUUUAAAUUUCCCGAGUAAACUGGGUGGAUCAAAGGAGGGGCAACUGUCCCACCUGUCAUUUGUCAACGUGAAAACCGACAACAAAGUUAACGGGACUCACUUUGACCCAGAGGCGAGGUCACCCCGUCGGGGGAACACUAAGGCAACGCAAUACCAAUUAUCAGCGUCUAUUGCUUUACCAAGCAAAAAGCUGCCAGGGUUGACCACUGUGAAUUUGAAAGAGUCUCAGUUUGAUCAGUUUUAUAAAGUUUCAGAGGAUUUUCAGAUCAGUCCUGUGAAAGACAAAGAUACAUUUAUUGAAAAUUUAAAAAUAAUGAAUCAGCCGCAAAAAGCAGCUGAAAAACAAGUUGAUUCCAAUAAAGUAGUAGACAGUGGUGUUGCAAAGACAGGUUUAGUAAGUUUUAAAAGAUCAGAUCCCCUUAAAUCAGGUAUGGUGAAUGGGGACAAUGAUGAUCUGAGGGAGAAAUCAGAAAAUCGACUGACUUUGAACGAGUGUAACGAGAAAGGUGAUGCUGGUCUGGGAAGAAGCAUUUUGGAAGGGUUAGCGUCAAAAUUGUCAAAUAGGGAGGAAUCUCUAAAACAGUCCAGCAGCAUGGGUGUAUACAUAAAAGAAGACAAACUACUUCCUCAUGUGGAGUCUGAAGGGAGCUCCAAGUUUGAGGUGAAAGAAGUUCACAUGGAGGAAAAGAUGAAUGAGGAAAUGAGGAAAGAUUGCAUGAAGAAGCAAGCUUAUCUUGAAAAGAAAGUUGAUACACUUUUGAGGAGAAUGAAGAGGAUGAAAGGAAAAGUGGUUGAAGCUCACACAAAGGAGCAGCUCCGACAGUUUGUCAACUACCAACACAGAAAUCUCCAGAUGGUUGCCAAGACAAUAAAAAAGGAAGCACCGGGACCAGAGGAGCUGAAAGAACAUUUCCUGAGCAAUGAAGAAGUGAAAAACAUGUCCACUGCGCAGCUGGUGAAGCUGGUAAAAACUCACCAGUCAAACAAACCUGUUGCUCCUGUAGACAAUUCUUCGAUGCGGGUAGCAAUGGGCAGCAGCAGUAGUGCUGUUUUCAUGGACCCAUCUAUCCGUAGCCAGGCAUCUCGGACUUCAGAGAGACUGGCUCAUAGCAUACAGACUGCCAGGUCAGAGCUCGAUUCUGAUGCAACUGCCAGUAGUUCUGGUGGUGAAAGUGGAGACGAAGAUGGGAUUCCAUCUCAGCUGCCUUCAGAUGUCGCUUUGCCAGCCCUACUGAAGCGUGCAGAGUGGAAGUGGGCGAAAGACCGAGCAGCUGUGGUAUCGCGCUGGACCUGGCUUCAGGCGCAGGUGUCGGACCUGGAGUACCGCAUACGGCAACAGAGCCAGGUGUACCGACAGCUCCGCAACAGCAAGGGGGGAGUGGUGCUGGGAGAUCCGCCCACCCCAAUGGACAUUCUGCGGCGGCUUCAGGGACUCCCGGUAAAGAACGCUGCUGCCUCCUCCACGGAGGUGAAGAGUUCCGUGCCUGCGACGGACUCCACCUCUCCUGGCAGUGAAGUCUCCCCCUGCAACGUUUCUGCGGUGUUGUCGAACAUUGAUAAGCAAGCGUCGAGGCUGACUCAGUCGCUGGGUAACUGUUUGUCUCCGGCAAAUUCCACGCUGGGCAGUCCUGCGGGAUCCUCCUCCAAGAUCUCUCCCAUGCCUUGUGGGAACAACACGACAGACUCGCCUGCUGGUAGCACGACGGAUGCCGACACGACGCGGGAGAACAGCCCCAUGGUUCCCACAGAGCUGCGCCUCCCUGAGAAGUUUGGUGACCUUUUGACCCCCAACAUUUCCUCUGCCCCCUCAGACGCAUCUUGCCAAGCGGCGAGGUGCCGGCCCCUGCGGAGCUACCGUAAGAGAAAGAUUCUCAAGACCAUUGGCUUGUACAAAUCAAACCUGAAGGCGGCACGUCUCUCGGAUGUGAAGUGUCGCUGUUACCCCCCUAGCGGGACGUGUCCGAUGUGUGGUGGCCGGUACAACAACACGCAGAUUGUGGACGCGGACACCAUGUGUUUCAAGGAGAAGGUGGCCAUACUGGACCCCUCGUUUCACCCAGUGCUUUCAUUCCCACAAGAUGUUCACCUGCCCAUACACUGCGAAGGCCUUCUCAAGUCGGGCCUGUGGCAGAAUAAACCGCCACCGCGGAAGUCACGCAUGAACGAUUACAGGCGGCAGAAGGUGAUCACUUUUGUCACAGAGCCUGCUCGCAAAAACGGGAAUGGCAGCAAGCAGAAUGGAAGGAACAACAGUGCAGCGUCUGUGAUAAACUUUUCUGCAAAGAUCAAGAACAAGUAUGAGAGUAAGACCAAGGGGAAGAAAUCAGCAACGUCCAAGGGGGCCCCUGUCAAAACACGGGUAAAGAAAGUGCAAAGAAAAGGGUCUGGAUUUGCACGAAAUUCAUUGAAGAAGCACCGGACAGAAGAGGAAGACGACGAUCUGGAGGGCAUGUACCUUGACCAAGACGCGGCUCCGCCUGGAGGCCUGGGCCGCGAGGGUCAUCUGUCUGCCAGCGGCUCUCAGAGCUCCCUGAAGGACCUCCGGGACGGCCACGGCACGCCGGGUCAGCGCCGCAGGAAAGUGGACAACUCGUACGACAUCAACAACAUCGUCAUUCCCCUCAGCAUGGCCGCCAACACGCGGGUGGAGCAGCCGCAGUACAAGGAGAUUGUCACGCCAAAGUGGCGCGAGGUGAACGAGUCGGCCGCGUCUGAGUGUGCGGAGGAAAGCAAUUCUCUGACCCGUUGUCUGGAGAAGACGAAUGGUGUGUCGCUGCCUGGAGACCAACACUCACACCAGGGGCUGACAGACUUGUCUGACGAGGAGGAUUUGUCGGACGAGAAGUUUGCCGCUCGCCACGCUGUGUUGGAGCAGGAGGAGAAGAAGAGAUUCCGCAGUUUUGUCCAGUACCCGCCUGUCCGGCGUGGCCGGGCUCGCUCCGAGGUCUUGGUGGACGUGAAGGAGGAGACGACAGCCGAGUGUCAGGGCAAGCCAGCCGGUGACGGCCUGGAACCUCCAGCAGGCUUGUCGACCAUCAGCGAGUCGGAUAGCUCUUGUCCAACGACUCCGAUGUUGAGCAAAAGUCACCCAGUGUACUCGACCCCCAGUCAGGACGAUGGCAUGGACUCCCUGCAGCAGCAGCUGGCCUCUCGCAGACGUGCCCAGUCGUUUUCUCGCCGCGGCCACUACGACGACCUUCACAACCACCUGAUUGGCGUAUGCGAGCCGUACCCUCGCCGUGUGUUCCCUCUGUCGGAGGAAGAGUACCGACUGAUGAAGGAGGAGGCGCCGUCUUGCUGCGAGCCGGUUCACCAGCGCGUCACGCGACGACUGGCUGAGCCGUCUGGGAAGGUAUACGUGAGCGGGGGAGACGCGGGCGAUGAGCCUAGCGCCGCACCGUCGCCUCAUCCCAGCAACGAGUCUAUGUCCUCCGCAGGGGAUGACCCCAACGACCCCGAGUGGGUGGGUGGCGGCAGUGGGGGAGACUCUGUGGUGUCCUCGGCAAUCAAACGGAUAAGGCAGCGGAGGAUUGUGGACGACGAUCCCAACGACCCGGAGUGGAACGGCUCGGAUCACCCCAAGAAGGGGAAGAACAAGAGAUGAAAGUGGGCCACACUGAAUUGAACCGACACGCUCCAGUUGUGUUGUCAACCCGAUGGGCCGGAAAAGCUGCGGGAUUAGCUUUGUGUCUGCUGCUACCCCCCGCGUACCUGCCGUUCUCUCCAUGCUCGUGUGGGGGUUCCACGAGCCAGCUCCCACUGCCUGCUGAGUCCAGGGCAGGGUCUGUUCCUCAUCAAUACACCUCUUGUGAUGUCCCAGUCUACUGUAGAAAAUACGGAAGGGAGGAAUUGCUUCAGUUCUCUCUCCUAUUUGUGGGAUUUCAGGAGGCCACGCUACCUCUGGUAUUUUGCUGCAAGUCAAGCCAGACGGAAUGUCUUGUCUGUGCAGUGUGGUGUAAUUGUUUUCGCCGUCUGCUCGGAUGAUUUCUCUCAGUGAAAUGACGCCGGUACCGUACGGAGUAUGGGAGUGCUGAUUCUGAACAAUCAAAUGUUUGUAUUGGUGGAAUGUAAAAUUGUGCUGUAUAACCAACUCUAGAUUUCGAAACCUGUAUUUGUUGAGCGGUUCUCAAGAAUGGGGUUUGAAUGUAGAGUCAUUUGUACUACUGGGAGCCCGGAGCCUUAGGCCAGUGGGCAGUGUGUACAGCCUCCAGUAGCUACCUCAAGCAGCAACGUUGCCUCAUCUUGUGGAUGGAAGUAUAAGAAAGUGGGAGAAAUAUCAUCAUAUUGUUG